AUGGAGCACGACAUAUUCGAGGACACUUUCGAGGAGCUACCAGCAGGAGCCAGCCGCGACGCGCCGCGCGUCUCUGCCGUCUCCUUGAAAUUGCCACCUUUUUGGCCAAAGCAAGCUACAGUGUGGUUCACGACCGUGGAAGCUCAAUUCAGCUUGAGGAGAAUCGUUGACGACCAGACGAAGUUCGAGUACGCUCUUACGGCCCUCGAUUCCGACACGCAGGAAAGGGUGGGCGACUUUUUCGACGAUUUACCGGCUGUUGGCACCCGGUACUCGGCAUUCAAGGCCCGCGUUUUGGACUCCUUCAAGACGCUGCCGUCGCAUGUCCGAGACCUGGUAGUAGCCUGUGACCACCUAGAGCUCAGAGACGUGGCAAAACUCGCUGACAAGAUCUAUGCUCAGCGCCAGGCCACCAGCGUUCUCGCCAUGCAAUACGAAGAUGAAGUCGACUCG